AUGAAGGCUGUAGCUCUCUUCAUUUGUCUGAUAGGAUCAGCUUUUGCUAUUCCAACCCAUUCCUUAAACUACAAACUUGGAACCCAUGGACAGAAAACUCCAGAAAAGACCAAAGGUAUUAAUCCUGAUACCCCAAAGGAAAAGAAUGCCCCAUAUGUAGACAAGGGUGAUUUGCUGCCCAGUCACAAAAACCUAAACCCACAGGUAUCAGUACCAGAUGCUGAGCACAGGGAUGAGCCCCAGCCCACUAGAAAACAAGAGAGAACUGGUAGCGAGCAUCAAGUGAAAAAUAGCUUAAAAAGCAUCAAAUUCCUUGCACUGCACAAUAAACCAGGUUUGGCUUCUGAUAACGAGGACAGUGACUCUGGAAGCAGCAGCAGAGACCAGUCCAGCUCUGAGCAUUCUCAGUUCAGGAGUCAUGAGAAACACAGCAAUAUGGCCAAUCAACAUGUUCUGGGCAAUGCAGAAAAUUCAGCAGAUGCCCUCAGUCUUGAUCAUGAGCAUAACACACAGAAAUAUAAUAAAAAUACCAUUGGCAUAUCUGAAAAAAGCAGUGAAAGUGAUGAAGAAGAAGGUGUGGAAGAAAAGGAUGAUGAAUGGGGUGAAGGAACUGAUUACAGAGAUACAAAGCAGAAAAGCCACCAGACCAAUCAAGGUAAUCAACACAAAAGACAGCAAAAUGAAAACAGCAUGCAAUCUGAUGAAAUCCUGAGAGAUUCCAGUCAGCCAAUACAGAUAACCAAGAGACAGGGUGAGAAAUUUGACCUGGAGGAAGAAGAGAGGGAGAACAGUCAGAAGCAGCCCUAUAAAGAAAUUCCUCUCUCAAAAAAAACCCACAGUGAAGAUCAGGAUGACAACUGGCAAAGCAAAGAGAAGAAAAACAAUGUUCAGCUAACCUAUCAGAGUGAUCACACAGUGGUAAAAAGACAAGAUACGGAGGACAGUAAUGUUGAUGAUUAUGAUCAUGACAGUGGUGGUGUUGAUGGCAAGGAAGAUCUCAGCAAUACCUGGAAAGAAGCAGCUUACGAGAAAGAGGAGAGAAUCCAGCAUAACAACCAGGAAAGCACCGGUACCGAGCACAAUGGGGAAGGAACCACCAAAGAGGACACUGCAGUUCAUAGAGAGACCGAGGAUUACCAGGAUGUCAAGAUUAAAGACCUUAUUGACUCCGAACAAGAUUAUUAUGGUCAUGAACAACCUAAUUCUGACAGUGAGCAACAACUGGAAACGAGUAGCUCUGUUCAGAGCAUAAAUUCAAUGGAAAGCGAAGAUAAGGUUAAGACUACAGGCAGUUUCUACAGUGUGAUGGAAAGUGCAAGCAACAGAAGUGAGAAUGCUCUCCUGGACCUAUGUAGGAACUUCCACUGCAAAAGAGGUAAAGUCUGCCAUGCGGACAAACAAGGAAAACCUGGCUGUAUUUGCCAAGAUCCUGCUGCUUGCCCUUCCACCAAGGACUAUGAGCAUGUUUGUGGUACCGAUAAUAAGACUUAUGAUGGCACAUGUCAACUCUUUGGCACCAAAUGUCAACUUGAAGGGACAAAAAUGGGACACCAGCUGCACCUAGACUAUAUCGGCUCAUGCAAAUAUAUCCCCCACUGUACUGAUUAUGAAGUGGAUCAGUUCCCCCUCCGGAUGCGAGACUGGCUCAAAAACAUCCUUAUGCAAUAUUACGAACAUGAUCUGGAUACUUCUGGAUUUCUAACUGAAAAGCAAAGGACUAAGGUCAAAAAAAUCUACCAGAAUGACAAGCGCCUUGCAGCUGGUGACCAUGCAGUUGAGCUGCUCCUGCACGACUUCGAGAAAAAUUAUCUCAUGUAUGUGUAUCCUGUGCACUGGCAGUUUCAUCAGCUUGAUCAGCACCCUGUUGACAGAUUGUUAACACACUCUGAGCUUGCGCCUUUGAGAGCCUCCCUUGUUCCCAUGGAACACUGCAUAACCCGUUUCUUCCAAGAGUGUGAUGGAGACCAAGACAAACUCAUUGCUUUGAAGGAAUGGUGCCACUGCUUUGGGAUUAAGGAAGAAGACAUAAAUGAAAGUCUCCUGUUCUGA